AUGGCAGUUGUGUCAGAAGCCCUCGCGCGGCUACAGGCUGAGACCAAAUGCCCUGUGUGCUUGGAUGACCUGACAGACCCUGUCACCAUCGAGUGUGGACACAACUUCUGCCGCCGCUGCAUCCGGCAGACGUGGGCAGACUUCACCGAGAAGUUCCCCUGCCCCGUGUGUCGCUUCGAGUGCGAGGAGUGCUACUACCGCAGCAACACGCAGCUGGGCCGCAUGGUACAGAUAGCCCGCAGGCUGCACAGCAGCUGUGGCAAGAGGCGGCGGUCGGAGAAGACCACCCUGUGCGAGAAGCAUGGCCAGGAGCUGAUGCUGUUCUGUGAAGAAGAGCUGGAGGUGCUGUGCCCCCAGUGUGUGUCCCCCGAGCACAGCAACCACCGCGUGAGCCCCCUGGUAGACGCUGCCCAGCGGCACCGGGCGAAGCUGCGCAACUACGCCAAGGGGCUGCGCAAGCAGGCAGAUGACACCCAGAAGCUCAUCAGCGCGCAGAGCAGGGCGCCCCUGGAGCUGCACGAGAAGGCGGAGGCCCGCAGGCAGAAGCUGGCCUCCGAGGUGCAGCUCCUAGGCCAGUUCCUGGAGCGCGAGCAGCAGGCAGCCUUCGAGCGGCUGGCGGAGGAGGAGCGGCACAUCCAGCAGCAGCUGGAAGACAACAUCAGGGCCUUCACUAACUACCGGGCCACGAUGCAGAGCCUGCUGGCCAGGGUGGAGGGCCACAGCUCGCUGUCAGAAGUGGAACUGCUGGCACAGAUCAAGCACUUCUACCCGCGCUCUGACUGCGAGAUCAGCCCGCCCAUCUUCUCCAUCAACCUGCCGCGUGAAGCCUGCAACUUCCCGCCGCAGUACUCUGAGCUGCAGAAGAUCAGGAGGGAGUUCCGUGUCGACAUCAUCCUGGACCCUGAGAUGUCCUACCCCAACCUGCUCAUCUCCCCCGACAGAAAGUGCGUGAAGUUUACAAAGAAGAGGCCAAGAAGCCCCCGUGUGUCCAAGAGGUCCAGCGCCGUGGUGCUGGGCUUCCCAGAUUUCUACUCUGGACGCCACUUCUGGCAGGUGGAGGUGGGUGAUGUGCCGCAGUGGGCCGUGGGGGUGUGCAGGGCUGCGCAGUCCUCCAAGGGUCGGCGGGCCGGGCAGGGCUGCUGGCGCCUGCAGCUGCUGCAGCAGGGAGGCUAUGAGGCCCCAGGAGCCAGGCCAGCCAAGCUGCAGCUGGAGGUGCGCGACCGCACCCUGGGCAUUUUCCUGGACUACGAGCUGGGCGAGGUGACCUUCUAUGACAUGCCUGAUGGCGCACACAUCUGCACCUUCAGCGACUCCUUCAGUGGGCCUCUGAGGCCCUACUUCUACCUCGGUCCAGAAUCCAAGUCGCUCAGGAUCCUCAGGGAGCGUUUCGGGGAGUAA